AUGGUAAAAAGCGACAAGGUUGCUAGUGCAGUCGAGCAAGAGCACUAUCCAUACCAUCCAGGAGUUGUCAUUCACGCCGACCUCUACGUCGAGAACGCAACUAGCGUGGAAAGUGAUACGGAUGAUCCCACGCACGAGGCCGAAGAUUUACCAGAGCGAAGUCCAAUCCCGAUUUCUUUGGCUGUCGUCCAAACACUCUCGACCACACUUUCCUGCGUUCUCCUUGUCGACGUCUCCGAUGGCUAUCGACUCCCCACGUUAUCGCCAGUCACAUCGACACCACUUCCCUUGACGUCCAAGGCUGUUCUAAAGCUGUACGAUCGACGCUUUUCCGCUGGGCUGCGCGAAGAUUACGACGCGGCGAUAUGGACGCCUCAGAUAGAAAGGAAGCAUCGAAAGUUCAUGGCAAUACCGGAGGACGUGCGCUUUGCGUGUUCCGCUAACGAUGAGGAUGAUUCGUGGAGGUAUUGCAGCAGUGACGAGGGCUCCAACUCGAAGUCCAAACGAAAGAAAUCGACAAACAUGGCAAGGAAGAAGCAGGUUUCAAGUGAACGUUGGUCUUCGGGCCACCGCGAAGCCUACAUGGAGCAGGUCGUACAGAAACUGUACCGGACUGAAGUUGCGAUCUACAGGGAGCUCCGGAAACUGCAAGGCCAAGACGUGCCGUUCAUCUAUGGGACCGUUUACUUGCGGGAGGUCGGCAGGAGGAGUCUUGGGAAACUGGAGGUGCGAGGUGUGUUGAUGCAAUACAUCGACCCGUCAUUCUCGUUGAGGGAUAUUCCUGAGCGGAUACCUGACCAGACGCAAUGGCAGGAAGUCGGCGAGGCGGCAGUGAAGGUCGUGCAAAUUGUGGGCGACUAUGGCAUUCUAAACGACGACGUGCGGUUGGACAAUAUCUUGGUUGUGCCCACCAGCAGAGAAGAGGAUGGGGAGCAGGACGACGCAGACUCUGAAGAUCAGCCGGAGUGCUCAACACAGCGGUUCAAGACCGUAAUGAUCGACUUCGGGAUCGCUCGUACGCAAAGGAAAGACGAGACGGACGAUGAAUUCCGAAGAGAGCGCAGGCGCUGUGACGAGGAGGGCGCCGUCGGGUAUGUUUUGGAGAAACACCUCAUGAAAGCCAAGCAGUCUAGUGAUUGUCCGCAUUUCAAGUACCGACCUUCGCAUCGCUUGGAUAGGCCAUGGGAUAAUGACGAAGAAGAUAUCUGGUAG